AUGGCUCCCGAAAAGCGGAAUAAGUUCCUCGAGGCGGAAGACAGCGACGACGACGACCUUGACCAGGGCUACGACUCCGAGGCCGAGGAGCUGCGCAAGGGAGGUCGCAGCGCCAAGAGACGCAAAUUCGACAGCGAAGACGAGGACGAUUUCAGUGACGAGGAGCACGAUGCCUCCAAGGCAGGCGGCGCAUCGGACGAUCAGGAUGGCGACGCAGACGAGGAAGCACAAGCUUCAACCUCGAGCAAGAAACAAUCAAGACCCAACACGACCGUGGAUCUCCCGGACGUUUCAAAGCCCCUUACAAAAAAGAACCUCGUCGCGACGGAGGAGGCCAUCAAAAAGUCGGGCGUCGUCUACAUCUCGCGCAUCCCGCCCUUCAUGAAGCCCCAGAAGCUACGCUCCCUGCUCGAGCCUUACGGCAAGAUCAACCGCAUCUUCCUCGCACCCGAGGACCCCGCGGCACACGCGCGUCGUGUCAAGAACGGAGGGAACAAGAAGAAGUCGUACACGGAGGGCUGGGUCGAGUUUCUACGCAAGCGCGAUGCCAAGGCCAUGUGCGAGCUUCUCAACGCGCGGACGAUCGGCGGCAAGAAGGGCAGCUACUACCAUGAUGACAUCUGGACGCUCAAGUAUCUCAAGGGGUUUAAGUGGCGCCACCUGACGGAGCAGAUCUCGGCCGAGAAUGCGGAGCGGACGAGCAGGAUGCGGGCCGAGAUCAGCAAGGCCAGCAAGGAGAACAAGGAGUUUGUGCGCAACGUCGAGAGGGCGAGGGUUAUGGACGGCAUUGCGGCGACCAAGGCGAAGCGCAGUGGGAAGCAGGGGGUCAAUGCUGCGGCGGACAGGGAAGGGGCUGCCUCCGGCUCGGGUGCGGCUUCGGGCGUGGAUGACGGGCAAGCGGACAAGAAGCGGACGGUGUUUAAGCAAAUACCCUUGGCGGAUAGGAAGAGUGAUACAUCCUCGGGUGGCAAGCCGGCUGGGGAUGUGGCGCGGGUGCUAGGGAAGAUCUUCUGA